AUGAAGCUCCUCACCCUCAACUUCCUCACAUGCGCCAUCAAAACCUGCAAAACCAACCCCGCGUCCUUCCCCCUCCACCCCCGCGAUGCCGAACUCGAAAUCGUAGAAGCAGACGUCAACCUCGCCUUUCUCAAAAAUAUACUACCGAGGAUCAUGUGGGACGAAUUGAGGGGGAUAUGCAGCGAGCUUGGUCUUCCUGAACUCCCCGCAACAGCACCCACGCCCGCCGAUCUCGUCGAACCCUCCUCUUCCUCCGCUUCAGCGUUAGAUACCACGGAUGCGACACCAGCGGCCGCGACGGAAGAGAUAGAAGAGGAGCCUAGCCAGACAGCGAAGGAUCUGCACAGGAUAUUGCUUGAGACGUGUAUACAAGAGGGCAAGCUGGUGUGCGGGGCAUGUGAGCAUGAGUAUGCGGUCAAAGAGGGGGUUGCGAAUUUCCUGUUGCCGGGACAUUUGGUAUGA